GGAGAAAACUAGUCCUUCUGGUGACAGCUUUAAAAGCAGCCUUCCCCCCUCUCACAAACACCUUACAGAAAAAGUUCUGAGAGAGAGAGAGAGAGAGAGAUGGGGAGCUGUCCAUGUGAAUCUGAAUCUUGGGUUUCCUCCACAACCUCAGUCCACCUAAGCCCAGAAAUUGAAAGCUUUGAAAACCACCACCAAAGCUAUUCUACUGGGUUUCUCAACCAAGACGAAGAGUGGGCAAAACUGAAUAUUAAUAACACGAAGAAGAAGAAGAAGAAUCAGGUUUUGCUUGAAGGCUACGUUGAGGCUGCCGAUGAGGACGAUCUGGCGAGGACCAAAAGCUUGACGGGUGAGGAUCUGGAUGAGCUCAAAGGGUGCUUGGAUCUUGGAUUUGGGUUCAGCUACGAUGAAAUUCCUGAGCUCUGUAACACCUUGCCUGCGCUUGAGCUCUGCUAUUCCAUGAGCCAGAAGUUCAUGGAUGAGCACCAGAAGUCGCCAGAGAGUGCUCAGGCGGCAGCCACGGACUCGUGCUCGUCCGUAUCGAGUCCGAUUGCCAACUGGAGGAUCUCUAGUCCUGGUGAUCAUCCAGAAGAUGUUAAGGCAAGGCUCAAAUUUUGGGCGCAGGCUGUAGCAUGUACUGUUAGAUUAUGCAGCUAAAAGAAUGAAUGGAUUCAUAAGCAGAUGAAAAUGUAUGGACAUUUUCUUUUCAAUUGGAAGCCGUUAGCCUGGAGCUUCAUGUGGAGCUUGCGCUUCACUUAUCCUCCAGGACUUUUUUUUUCAGGAAUGAAUGUUCCUGCUAAUUUUUUAGCUGGAGAUAGACCUGGUAAAACCUGUUGUUGAUGGGUCGGCUUUAAUGAAGAAGAAGGAGAGGAAAAGUAUCAGGUUUGAAUUUAACCAAAAUCCAAAAUGGGUCUGACUUAAUUCUUCCGAAGCUAAGAUUUAUUUGAUGAUUGUUGUAAUCCUGCACUUGAAAAUAAUCAAAGAGAUGAAUAAAUUUAUCCAUCUUCAGCUUGUUCAAUUUACUUUUAGUCACUCUUAUAGGUGGCUGUGAAUUCCAAACUUAGCUGUUGGCUUUAUGCAGCAGUGAGAGCCUUCAUUAGAGCUUCACCAGCCACUUGCAGACCUCUGCAUUUGCUGAGGUAACUAACCAAAACUGAGUUAACAGUCUCUGAUUCUCACGGUGCUCUCCAUCCUGACCCUAUAAUGAAAGUUGCUGUGGCUUCUAUGAUCCUAACAAUGCUUAACUGUGCUAACUUAUGUUUAUCCAUCCUAUGGAUAGAUGAAUGCCCAUGAUUCAGCUGGUUCUGCGGGAGCAAGGGCAAGGGGGAAGAGGGAGAAAAGGAGUGCUAACUUUGUACAUCUUCAUUGAUCACUUGAUUUCCCCAACUUCUCUCAAUUUUUUUGUGUCACUUUUGUAUCCAGAACAUGUUUACUGACACACCUACUCUUUGGUGUUGAUAAUUUAAGCUUGUUUCAUCGUUUUUUAACGUUCUACUUGAUAGUGAGUGGUCUGCCUAAGGUUCCAAACCCUGUACGAUAGCAAAGAAAUCGAAACAAACGUGCCGGAAUUUGGCAUGUUAUUUUUGAUA